AAAACCAGAACUGGUCAGUUCUCCAUUAGCCGGAUCAUGAUCGUUCUGGGUUAAAUUGACCAUUGAGAUGUGACUACCGCGUUGGGGGAUAGCGAUCAACGAGGUCGGACAAGAGUCAAAAGACUGGAGCUACUUAACAGGAGCUUCAAUCGAAGUUCGCCGGUGAAGCACUACGGUCAAAACUCGCCGCCGUCGAACAAUUGGCUCUAUCAGAUGGAAGGAUGGAAUCCGUUGUUUGGUUUAUUUUUGGUAGAUUCUUGAACUUCCGAUAGAGGGCUUGGAAUGUGGUUUCUUUCAAUUCAUUUCUGGUUCCUUACUGACUUCAUGAGUCGUUUUAAGAGCGUGGAUGAUGAAAUUGAGGAGAGUGAGAGAAUCAGCCAUAAAACUGACAGUGAAGAUUCAGAUCCACUGCUGGCUAUGGGAGAUGAAUUGGCAACUUAUAUACUCAUUCUGCUCCCUUUAAAGACACUUUUCAGAUCCAAGUGUGUCUCCAUUCGCUGGAAUCGCUUGAUCUCAGAUCCACUUUUUGCUUGUAUGUAUGUUAAUAGACAAGGAGGAGGAUCACACACCCAUAUGACCACCCCUACCAGUUUCUUUCAUCAGUUGGAUUUCUUUGCAUUUGAUUAUGGAUAUUUGCCUCCGGAGGACAAGAGACUUAACUUCCUUAGGCUUGACAAUGAUGCCAAGGUAGAAAAUGAUGACAACCAUGUUGCUGUGCAACAGAGAGUGAGAUCUUUUGACCAUAAUUUCUUCAUUGUUGAUUCUAGCAAUGGGCUACUUCUCUUUGCUAGGACUGGAAACCAGUGCAGGAAUUACUAUGUGUCUAACUUGCUGUCUAAGCAAUGGGUUGGCCUGCCUGAACCUAAAAGAUUGUAUCCAUAUGAAAGUGCCAAAUUAGUCUGCAAAUAUGAUGACGGUUAUAAACCCUCUCUCGCCCAGAUCAAAUUCGAAGUUUUACUUUUCUCUCGCUAUCAGAUUAUGAGUUCGCUAUUUUUGGAGAUCUUUUCUUCAGAGACUGGAAAUUGGAGAAUGGUGGUACUCCACAAUUAUCCUUCGUAUUUAAGAACACUUCACUGUCAUACCUUGUUCAAUGGGGCUGCAUACUGGUUGGAUGUACAUGCUGAUGGUGCUGGUAGGAUUGCUGCCCUUGAUUUUAGCCAUCUUAAGAUGUCAUCAAUGCCACUGCGCUCGGUUCCAUACAAUGAAAUUGCUGUAAUGCCAGAGGAUUGUGUUCAGUUCAUCCCACUGCCUGCUAGCAGUGAUCUUCCCAGCAAUGGAUUCUUGGGAUUCUCGGGUGGUUUAUUGCACUAUGCUGAGAGCAACCUGACCAAUCUCCACAUCUGGGCUCUUUCCAGUGGAGGACUCUCACAGGCCUCUCAGGUUGCAUGGUCUCGGAAGCACAGUGUCAGUCUACAGUUCAUGAUAGAUGAGCAUCCGGAUAUAUUUCGCCUUAUUGCCAAUUACAGAGGAGAGUAUGAUAUCGGGCACAAACAACAUAGGUUUCACUUCUCUCCAUUGGCUUUCCAUCCAUCAGGUCUCCACCUUGUUUUGUUGAACUUGCCAGGGAUGAUAGUCUCAUAUCAUAUUGAGAAGAGAAAGUUGGAGGUUGUGCACCAUUACAAUGUCCAGAACUUUCAGCAUGUUCCUCGCUUCACAGUCCUAUCUUACAACUAUCCAGCAUGGCCUACUCAAUUUCCCUCUGUCAAAUCUGGCCACGCUAGUCCCCUAUGCUCCUUGGAAAGAUGUUAAUUAGUGUAUUCGGCUCAGCUGUUGCAACUUCUUGCGUGGGCUCUGGCCUUGUAGCCUGUGCGUUUAAAGCUAAAGACAAAUCACUUGCUUUCUUUUCCCCUGGAACGUGCUUGAAUGAUGGUCCUCACUUGCGAUGGUAUUGGCCUGCAACCAGAUCGGCCAACAAUCUAAACGGUCCAAACGCGCGAAGGUCAGUCUCUAAAAAAGAUGGUUAUUGGUAAAUGUAAUCAUAUAAACAGUAUACAAAAUUGAAGAGAGCAUUUUGACAAAAUACAGUUACCCAGGUCAUGGUUGGUCAUCCGGUUGGAACGGUUUCCCCUCAAAAUGUCUUAUGAAGGUCAUCAACUAAUAGUUUUAGGAAUUUUAUAUACUUCUGAGUUGUUUUACUAAUAUACUCCAAAAUAUAAUUUUGGUCCAGCUUGCAAACAGCAAACUUCUUCAGUCUAUGCUUCUUGGGUAAGGUUUUCCAUCCCUUGUAUGCUUGUUCUGUGAUAAGAGAUACAGUCAAAGAUUUUGGCACUAAAAGAGGAAGCAAACCUUAUUCAUGUCUUCCAGCCCAAAAUUGGAGGCGGCUUGGGUUUUAGAAGCAUUGUACAUAGUGAACCAGGAGGUCCUUAUAUCUAAAUUGGUGUGGCCUUUUAUUGUAUUUUAUUUUUUGAUGAACUAAAAAAAUUCUAUUAAUGAAGGAAACUGAUUACUUCACACAA